AAAUGUUUUUGCCUUCAGAGAUUUUGGUCUAUAUUGACAUGAUAGCAUCGCGCAGUUGCUGCAAAUUUGUCCGCUGCACAUCCAUGAUGUGAAUCUCCCGUUUCACCACAUCCCGAAGGGGCUCUAUUGGAUUGAGAUAUGGUGAUUGUGAAGGUCAUUUGAGUACAGUGAACUCAUUGUCAUGUUCAAGAAACCAGUCUGAGAUGAUUCACGCUUUAUGGCGUUAUCCUGCUGGAAGUAGCCAUCAGAAGAUGAAGUACACUGUGGUCAUAAAGGGAUGGACAUGGUCAGCAACAAUACUCAGGUUCAGUGUGUCAGUAAGGUCAUCAUGUCUGCUCCUCCUCCAUCAUCAUCAUCAUCUCCAGCAGUCCUCGCUCUGCACUCAGAAACACACAAAGACACAAUCCUGCACAGGUUUGACACGCUCAGGAGAAGUGAACUGCUCUGCGACAUUACCCUCAUCGUGGAAGACGUGCACUUCAAGGCGCACAAGGCUCUCCUAGCAGCGAGCAGCGAGUAUUUCUCAGAGUUGUUCACCGCUGAAGAACAGGUCAGCCAGUCGCUCUACAAGCUGGACGGCAUGACGGCGAACACCUUCUCCUCCGUGCUGGAGUUCAUGUACAGCGCAGUCGUGUUAGUGGACGAGAGCAGCUCCGAGCAGCUGAUGGAGAUGGCCAGAUUUCUGGUCAUCCCAGAUCUGAUCAAAGCCCACGAGGACUUUCAAGCUGCUGAUGAACAUAUGCAGGUGAAGCGGAAAAGAGGGCGUCCUAAAAAGAACCAUGAUUUAAGCCAAAAAGAAAAUCCAGAAAGUGAAUUACAGGCACAAUCCAGCUCGGAAAUUCAGGAAAUCAAUGUAGAGCCUGCAUCUCCUGCAACAGAUGUGAGUGAUGGAGAGUUUAACCCCAGAGAGGAGAGAAGACGAGAGGGAAAACGCAGAAUUAAACAGCCCAUCAGACUGAAGGGCUUCAGAAUGGAUGAUCUGAUGGAGAGGAAGGAGCCGGGGAAAAGAGGACGCAGGAGGAAAUAUCCAGACACUGAGGCCAGAUGUGAAGAGUGUGGAAAAGUCUUUAAAAGCCACCUGUUCUUGAAGAUACAUCAGCGAACGCAUACAGGUGAGAAGCCAUUCAGAUGCAGUGUGUGUGGGAAGGAAUUCACGCAGAAACACACUCUUCUGGUUCAUCAGCGGAUGCACACUGGAGAAAAGCCCUACAUCUGCACCGUGUGCUCUAAAGCCCUGUCCACCAAACACUCUCUGCUGGAGCACAUGAACCUGCACACAGAGAAUAAAUCGUUCACCUGUGAGGAGUGUGGGAAGAGCUUCAGUCAGCAGCGGCAGCUAAAGAGCCAUAACCGCAUUCACACAGGAAAAGGCUUGCCUGAAUGUGCUCAGUGUCAUCAUAAAUUUAUGGAUGCAGCUCAGCUGAAGAAGCACCUGAGAACUCAUACUGGUGAGAAGCCGUUUACAUGCGAGAUCUGCGGAAAGUGUUUCACCGCCAAGAGCACAUUACAGACACACAUCAGGAUACACAGAGGAGAGAAGCCGUAUGUCUGCAAAGUCUGCAAUAAGACCUUCGCUGACCCCAGUGCCCGCCGGCGUCACGAGGUGUCUCACACAGGCAAUAAAACAUUCUCCUGUUUAAUCUGCAAGGUGUCAUUCGCCCGGAAGGACAACCUCAAAGCUCACAUCAAAACUCACAACAAAGAGAAUCCACCGGCACAAGCUGAAAGCACAGAUAAACCCCCACCACCAGCACCAGAAGAACAACAACAACAAGAACAGCAGCAAACAUCAGGAGAUAAAGAACUGCACAGCAUCCUCCAGCUCCAACCCUUCCAGCUUCCAGCCCACAGCGAGCAGGAGAUUCAGCUGCUGGUGACCGGAGAAAACCUCAGCCUGGACCAAGAUCAGAGCAUUAGCAUCAUCACAUCUGAAGAUACAGAACAGAGCCUCGCGCUACUCGCACAGUCAUCCGGACACGUGCAAAACCUGGCCGUCGUCACGCCAGACGGAAACACCCAAAUCCAGACCAUCAGCGUUUUGGGUAGUGAAGUAAACGGCGGAGAUCCAGAGCAAAUGCAUGUGAUUACCCUGAGCAAAGAGGCUAUGGAGCAGCUGCAGGUUCAUCACGGAGCUCCGCAGCAGCUGCAGGUCAUUCAUCAGCUUUCUGAAGAGCAGACGGGGUCGGCGGCAGGCAUUCAUAUCAGUGGACAGAGUGGACAGGCCAUUUCUAUUAGCCAGACCAGUGAGCAGAUCCCUAGUGAUCAGAUCCAGGGACAAACCUUCCAGAUACAAGCUGGCACAGUCUCAUAUCUGUACACAACCAGCAUGAACCCCCAGAACUGAACAUGCAUGUGUGUUUGCCUGUAAUGUUUGAGUCUCUUUCUUCUGUUGAACACAAAAAGAAGAUAUUUCAAAGAAUGUUGACUUCCAUAGUAUUUUUUUUUCUUCUAAGGAGACUACUGGGACACCAGGAUGAACCCGCAGAACUGAACAUGCAUGUGAGGUUGCCUGUAAUGUUUGAGUCUCUUUCUUCUGUUGAACACAAAAAGAAGAUAUUUCGAAGAAUGUUGAUUUCCAUAGUAUUUUUUUCUACUAUGGAGACUAAUGAACCCGCAGAACUGAACAUGCAUGCGAGUUCGCCUAUAAUGUUUAAGUCUCUUUAUUCUGUUAAACACAAAAUGAAGAUGUUUUGAAGAAUGUUGGUUGCUGGCACCCAUUGGCUUCCAUAGUAUUUUUUUCCCUUCUAUAGAAGUUAUUGAGACACCAGGAUGAACCAUCAGAACUGAACAUGCAUCUGUGUUUGCCUGUAAUGUUUGAGUUUCUUUCUUCUGUUGAACACAAAAAGAAGAUAUUUCGAAGAAUGUUGGUUGCUGGCACCCACUGACUUCCACAGUGUUUUUUUCCUUCUAUGGAAGCUAAUGGGACACUAGGAUGAACCCGCAGAAUUGAACAUGCAUGUGAGUUUGCCUACAAUGUUUGACUUUCUUUCUUUUGUUAAACACAAGAAGAUGUUUUGAAGUAUGUUGCUUGCUGGCACCCACUGACUUCCAUAGUAUUUUUUUUCCUUCUAUGGAAGCUAAUGGGACACCAGCAUGAACCCGCAGAACUGAACAUGCAUGUGGGUUCGCCUAUAAUGUUUGAGUUUCUUUCUUCUGUUAAACACAAUAAGAAGAUGUUUUGAAGAAUGUUGCUUGAUGGCACCCAUUGACUUCCGCAGUAAUUUUUUUCCUUCUAUGGAAGCUAAUGGGACACCAGGAUGAACCCAAAGAACUAAACAUGCAUGUUAGUUCCCCUAUAAUGUUUGUUUCUUUCUUCUGUUGAACACAAAAAGAAGAUAUUUCAAAAAAUGAUAGUUGCUGGCACCCAUUGACUUUUAUAGUAUUUUUUCCUUUUAUGGAAGCUAAUAGGACACCAGGAUGAACCCGCAGAACUGAACAUGCAUGUGGGUUCGCCUAUAAUGUUUGAGUUUCUUUCUUCUGUUAAACACAAUAAGAAGAUGUUUUGAAGAAUGUUGAUUGUUGGCACCCAUUGCCUUCCAUAUAAUUUUUUUUCCUUCUAUAGAAGCUAAAGGGACACCAGCAUGAACCCAAAGAACUGAACAUGCAUGUGAGUUCCCCUAUGUUUGAGUUGAGUAAAGAUGUUUUGAAGAAUGUUGGUUUCUGGCACCCAUUGACUAUUAUAGUAUUUUUCCCUUUUAUGGAAGCUAAAGGGACACCAGCAUGAACCCACAGAACUAAACAUGCAUGUGAGUUCGCCUAUAAUGUUUGUUUAUUUCUUCAGUUGAACACAAUGAGAUAUUUUGAAGAAUGUUGGUUUCUGGCACCCAUUGACUUCUAUAGUAUUUUUUCCUUCUAUGAAAGUUAAAGGGACAACAGCAUGAACCCACAGAACUAAACAUGCAUGUGGGUUCGCCUAUAGUGUUUGAGUUUCUUUCUUCUGUUGAACACAAUAAGAAGAUGUUUUGAAGAAUGUUGGUUGUUGGCACCCAUUGACUUCCAUAGUAUUUUUUUUCUGCUAUAGAAGCUAAAGGGACACCAGCAUGAACCUGCAGAACUGAACAUGCAUGUGAGUUGGUCUAUAAUGUUGGAGUUGAGUAAAGAUGUUUUGAAGAAUGUUGGUUUCUGGCACCCAUUGACUUCUAUAGUAUUUUUUCCUUCUAUGGAAGUUAAAGGGACACCAGCAUGAACCCACAGAACUAAACAUGCAUGUGAGUUCGCAUAUAAUGUUUGAGUUCGUUUCUUCUGUUGAACACAAUAAGAUGUUUUGAAGAAUGUUGGUUUCUGGCACCCAUUUACUUCCAUAGUAUUUUUUUUCUGCUAUGGAAGCUAAAGGGACACCAGCAUGAACCUGCAGAACUGAACAUGCAUGUGAGUUGGUCUAUAAUGUUUGAGUUGAGUAAAGAUGUUUUGAAGAAUGGUUGGUUGCUGGCACCCAUUGACACUUGUAAUGCUAAUGCUUGGUGUAUUUAUUUCAUUUUUUUGUACUCGCCUGUUUCUCUCAGCGUUAAUUAAGAAUGAGGAUUUUUUUAAAAAUAAGAGACUUAAAAGGAUUUCAAGGGAUAGUUCACUCAAAAUUCAAAGUUCUGUUUUUAUUGACUCAUUCUUCACUUGUUUAAAAUCAAAAACACUAAAGAUGUUUUGAAGAAUGUUGGUUGCUAGCACCCAUUAACUUCCAUAGUCGUUUUUUUUCCUUCUAUGGAGGUUGAUGGCACAACUGGCAUUCUUCAAAAUAUCUUCUUUUGUGUUCAACAGAAGAAAGAAACUCAUAAGGCUAUUAAAUCACAUGAGUGUAAAUGACUUUUAGGUGAACUAUCCCUUUAAAUCAUGUUAUAAAUAUGUCUACAGUUAUAUUACGGUUAUUCCCUGUUGUAAAUAAUCAUAUUUUUGAGUAGAGUGUAGCUGGUUGAUUGAGAACAAGUUGAAAUAUUAGAUUUUUUGUUUAAUUUAUGGUUUUUAUUGAUUUAAAAAUUGGUCUUAAAAAUCGCCCUUCUGCUUUUCUAAUUAGACUGAAGACAAUAAACGGUUCAAAAACA